AUGAGCCCUCCAAAGGGGGGAUCUUCUAAAAAGAAGAAACCUGGAAAUGCAGAUGCAUUUCCAAAACUGGAUGGUCACAGGGAGGGGCCUAAAUUCCUCACCAUAUCACGUGCGGAUGGAAAAGAAACGUCUUUUGAAAAGGUUAGCCCUAUCUUUAUCCAUAAAGGAAUCAAGGUUGCGUGUGGUGAACCACUCAAUACGGUCAAGCUGCGCAAUGGAACCUUACUUGUGAAGACGAAAAACAUCGCUCAAGCUAAUCAACUUCUUCGGUUUAAGACGUUGUUCGACAUGGCUGUUAAAGUUGAGGAAAAUGCGAAGCUUAAUCAAACCAAAGGGAUCGUUACUUGUUAUGAUUUACGCCACGCUACGGAACAAGAGAUUCUCGAGGAUCUGCAAGGCCAAGGUGUAUGUAAAGUGGAAGUUAUGAAAAGGAAGAAGGAUAAGGUUCUCAUUCCAACCAGCAGUUACAUCUUGACGUUCAAAUCAUCAGGUAUUCCCGAACAAGUAAAAGUUGGAUAUCUCGUGCUCAACGUCAGAGUUUUUAUACCACGACCCAUAAGGUGCUAUAAGUGCCAGUAUUUCGGUCACUCAUCGAAGUUCUGUAGCCAAGACGAGGUUUGUAGCAUGUGCUGCGAGCUUACGGUCGAGUAUUACGCCCAAAUCAUUGAUGAGGUCAACCCGCACAAUGGACUCAUCUCCUAA